AUGGCUACCUCUUACCAGCAGGACAACUGUACCACUGGGCGUCAGUCUGGCGCUGAGGACCACGCGGCUCAUCCCGGCACACCAGUCGAAAAUGUAUGCUGGCGAUACGAGUGGACGACUUCAGAGUGUGAGGCCGCGGACUGCCUCAUCGACGAAUUGAGAAUUUUCAGCUGCCAAAAUGCCACGAUAUCCGAAGACUACAAACACUACAUUACCGCACAAGACCUGCCCUGCCAAAUUCAGUCUCUCGAGCGAACGCGAAAAAUAGUCCACCCCACUGAAAGAUACGCCGCCAGUCGACAAGCAAGCACAACCACGUCUGCAUCUACCAGCUGCGACAGCCUAGCACUCAGCUCAAGACCGGAUACCCCGGAACAGUACGACUUCUUCCACGACUACGAGCGCGACUGGGACACACGUUCAAUCACUGAUUGUGGAACAGCCAGCAUUCCACCCCAAGAACUUGAUACAAAGCCCGUGCGGAAAACCGAUUCUGGGUACUGGUCAUAUCAGGAGACCGAAAACAUCAUGUCUGAGACUCUCUCGAUUAGUAGCAGCUACGACAGCGGCAAGGCCAUGGACGCAGAACCAGUUUGCUGCAGACCGCUACAAGCCCGCAACAGCCUCGAUCUCGAUCGCAACGGCAUCUGCCUGUGCAAUUCCAAGCGCACGACCACCCCACGAUCGGGCCCUUCUCUAUCAUACAGCAACAAGAGCUUCGAAGUGGUCGAAGAGCGUCUCGACUGGUACCUGGUGCAUCGCAACAGCCUCGAUCUCGCCCAACCAUGUGGUGCCAGAAAGUCUCCGGCAGCGAAGAAGAGCCGUGGCCUCAAGGAAAGAUGGGCUGCUCUGCGAGCGGCUCUUUCUCGGAAGUGA